AUGACCGAUCUAACAGAUAGUUUACAAGUGGCUCUGGUCGCUAAACAAAUUACAAUUGAUAAGGAUCAAAGUGCAAUUAUACGACACGUUAGUACGAUGAACAGUCCAACGGCUACUGAAAAUUCGCAAUUUGUCAAUGUUUUCCUCACACGUGAAAUAAAGUUAUAUAGUGGUCGCACACAUCCACUGUCUCCAUGGCUUUUCUACAAUGGAUCAGCUGCUUCACGAAUAUUUUAUCAACGUCUUUUUGCGAUUAUAGGCGUAACCUGUGGAUCAGGCAAUGGCAGUACAACCUUUAAUAUACCCGACUUUCAAGGUAGAGUACCAGUCGAUUCACUAGGGUUGCGCACGAUGAAGGCUUACGAUUUGGGAUUAACAGGAGGCAAUGAAACCCAUGCAAUUACAGCGAAUCAACUGCCUUCCCAUUCACAUAGUCCCGGCUCAGUGUCGAUGUCAUCAAGUGGCAGUCAUUCUCAUUCGAUCAAUGAUCCAGGACAUAAUCAUGGAGGUUACACGGGAGAGUCAGGUUUUCUGAAUGGCAAUGACAAGUGA